CCAGCGGGGGCUGAGGGACCUCUCGGACCCUCCUCGCCCGGCCCCACCCUGCUGGGCCCCGCCUGCUCUCGGUGGCUGCUGCUGCCGCCGUCGCCGCCUGGGGAAAGCUGGAGGAUGAGCUGAGUCUCCGCAGUUGUCACUGUCUCCACCGCUACCUACAGGGUGUGGUGUCUGCCUGAAGAACAUUGCACUUUAAAAGGAAAGAUGCUGUCUCCAAAUGAUAAAAAGUUAGAAAAGCUAGAUCCGUUUUACCGACCUUCAGUGUCCGAGCAGAAGACUAGUGCAGAAAUCAUAAGUGAAGCACGAAAUGCCUUAAGAACUGUUAGGACCCAAAGACCAUUUACACCACGGGAAGACCAAAGAAAACUAUUUGGACGUGCAUCUUCAAGAACACCAGAAAAUAGACCCCCGUCUUCCUUCAGCAUCCAUGCAUCCAGUUUUGAGUCCUCUGAUUCCAGACCCAUCUUUGGCACACGUCUCAGUCCACUAGAGCUUAAACCAAAACCUCCAGCAUCUCCUGCCACAGAAGAGGAUCCCUGCCAUUCCUUUCCAAAACCCCCAGUGGACCCCACGAAGAUUAGAAGGAUAAGCAGUGCCCGGGCGCGCUUACACAGGGCGGCCUCGCAGGGGGCUCUUCUGCCAGACAUGACCCUUCCUCCUGCUCAGCCAAAGAGAGUGGAAUCCAAAGAAACAGUUACGAUGGGGGACUCUAUGGUGAAAAUACAUGGGAUUUAUUUAACAGAAUCAAAUGCCAUUGGCCACUUGAGUCACCCACCUCAGCUAACGUAUGACGGAGACUUCGGUGAAAUCAAGGAGCAAGAAAUUUUCAAAGGGGCAGCAUCCUUGCCAUCUCAUCUCAGAAGGGGAAGGGACCAGGGGAAGAGGCGUUCAGGGGCCUCCUUAUGCUCCCGAAGCUCAGACCGGAGCAGGCUAGACACCAAAACAGACUCAAAACUCGACUUGCAAGAAAAAGAUACAGAAAUAGAAGUAGGUGAAGUCUUUUGGAAUACAAGGAUCGUACCGAUUUUGCGUGAAUUAGAAAAAGAAGAAAACAUUGAAACGGUUUGUGCUGCUUGCACACAGCUUCACCACGCUUUAGAGGAAGGAAACAUGCUUGGAAGUAAAUUUAAGAGAAGAAGUAUUCUCCUGAAGACCCUAUAUAAACUUGUUGAUGUUGGCUCAGACAUGCUGAGCCUUAAACUUGCAAAAAUUAUUCUAGCACUUAAAGUGAGUGGAAAGAAUCUUCUUAAUGUCUGCAAGCUUAUAUUUAAAAUUAGCAGGAGUGAGAAGAAUGAUUCCCUGAUUCAAAAUGAUGGCAUUCUGGAAUCAUUAUUGGAGGUCCUGAGAAGUGAAGAGCUGCAAGCUAACACCGAAGCUUUCUUAUACUGCAUGGGGGUGAUCAAAUUCAUUUCUGGAAAUCCAGGAUUUCUUCAUGAAAUGAUUGGCAAAGGUGCUGUAGAAAUAUUGAUGAAUUUGAUGACACAAAUAAACGAGAACACCAAGAAGUCUGGUACACGUUUGCCUAAUUCAGGCCACUUGUUAGUCCAAAUGACUGCUACGCUGAGAAACUUGGUUGACUCACCACUAGCAAGAAGCAAGUUGCUAAGCAUCAGUGCCCUUCCCCAGCUCUGCACGGUGAUGGAACAGUACAUAGGUGACAAGGAGGUCUGCACCAAUGUUGCCAGAAUAUUCAGCAAAGUUACUACUUAUCAUGACUGCUGUGUAGCCUUGGCCAACUACUCCAGAUGUUAUGCCUUGUUUUUGAAUCUGAUAAACAAAUACCAGAAGAAGCAGGAUUUAGUCGUUCGUAUUGUUUUUAUUCUUGGCAACCUGACAGCGAAAAAUAACCAGGCUCGUGAGCAGUUUUCCAAAGAGAAAGGGAGCAUCCCAACUCUGCUGUCUUUAUUCCAUACAUUCUACAAACUGGAUCUGCAUUCCCAGAAGCCCCUGCGGGAAGGAGAAGAGAGGCCCAAGGCGCAGAGGCCGGCCCAGGCGGAGGACGUACUCAUCAAGCUGACCCGCGUGCUCGCCAACCUGGCCAUCCACCCUAGCGUGGGCCCAGCCAUCGCCGCCCACCCGCGCAUCGUGGGCCUGCUCCUCGCCAUGCUGGAAUCUAAGUCCAUUGAUGAUUGUGAGGAGCUGGUGAUCAACACUACGGCAGCGAUCAACAACUUAUCUUACUACCAAGUGAAGAAUUCCAUAAUUCAAGACAAAAAGCUAUAUAUUGCUGAAUUGCUCUUAAAGCUCCUUGUGAGUCACAACAUGGAUGGAAUCCUGGAGGCUGUGCGCGUUUUUGGAAAUCUCUCCCAGGACCAUGACAUCUGUGAUUUCAUUGUGCAGAAAAAUGUUCACAAGUUCAUGAUUGCUCUGCUGGAUGCUAAGCGUCAGGAUAUUUGCUUUUCUGCCUGUGGUGUUCUUCUAAACCUCACCGUGGAUAAAGACAAGCGUGUCAUCCUAAAAGAAGGAGGUGGCAUUAAAAAGUUAGUGGAUUGUUUAAGGGAUUUUGGUCCCACUGAUUGGCAGCUGGCCUGCUUGGUGUGCAAAACUUUAUGGAACUUCAGUGAAAAUAUCACCAGUGCUUCGUCAUGCUUUGGAGAUGAGGCCGCCAACACACUCUUAGUCCUGCUCUCAUCGUUUUUAGAUCCUCUCUCCCUCUGUGUCCCGACUGUAGUUUAUAGAUACUAGGUUCUACUGAAAAGUAUGUACUCCAAGUAUGAACACCCUUUUGAAUAAUCUUUAUGGUGAUAACAAAUAUAAACUUUAAACUUUAUGCUCUAAACUUUAGCAUUUGGACUAUUUUUAAUGUCACACAAUAUAUAAAAUGAUCUCUUUAACAGCUCAAAGGUCCUAGAAACAAUUCUAAAAUGAUGAACAAAGGAAAGAGGUUCUGUGUGUCACUGUUUUUACAAUGUUUCCUGCACUGCUUCUAAGCCUUUUCAGAUUAUCUUCAUGUUUAGGGGUCGAUGAGAUUAUAGUUUCAAGUAAAUAAAAUCAAAGACUUCUCCUCAAGCUAACAUCCAACCUCCAUUUAUACAAAUUUGAUUUUUUCUUUGUUAUUAAGAAACUUGCUUUUAACAUAUACUCUUUGUCCCACUCUAUUAUUGUCAAAAUACACUGACACACUUUAUUAACUUUUUUCCUUUAAAUUAUCUGGUUUACAUAUUAAAUCCUAUAGCCUACAUUUGAUAAAGGCCAAACAUAAAGGAUUUACGUUGUUGUUAGUUAUCUAAGAAGUAGCUCCUUUUCACAAAUCAUAGAAUUUUAAAGCUGGAAGCAAUCUCAGGCCUUUAUGAAUGCAAUUUCCUCAUUUUAAAGAAGAGGAAAAAAAGCACUCAAUGUUAAAUGACUUAUAUUCACAAAGUUUAUUAGCAGUGAUUUUAGUAUUAGAACCCAAAUCAAAUGUCCUCUCUCUUAGUCUAGUGCUGUUUUCACUAUAACUUCCUUUUCUACCUAUGCAAUAACCUUUCUAAAAGGAAAGCCAUAUUUGGAUUAAACUUAAAAGCUUUUGCACAGCAAAGAUAACCCACAGAAUGGGAGAAAAUAUUUGCAAACGAAGCAACUGACAAAGAAUUAAUCUCCAAAAUAUACAAACAGCUCAUGCAGCUCAGUAUCAAAAAAACAACCCAAUCCAAAAAUGGGCAGAUCUAAAUAGAGAUUUCUCCAAAGAAGGCAUACAGAUGGCCAAAAAGCACAUGAAAAUAUGCUCAACAUCACUAAUUAUUAGAGAAAUGCAAAUCAAAACUACAAUGAGAUAUCACCUCACACUGGUCAGAAUGGCCAUCAUCUUAUCUCAAAGAGUAAAUGCUACAGCUGUUGCUGGGAAUGUAAACUGGUUCAGCCACUAUGGAGAACAGUAUGGAGGUUCCUUAAAAAACUAAAAAUAGAGUUAACCAUCUGAUCCAGCAACACUACUCCUGGGCAUAUAUAUGGAGAAAACCAUAAUUUGAAAAUACAUGCACCCCAAUGUUCAUUACAGCAGUAUUUACAAUAGCCAAGAUAUGGAAGCAACCUAAAUGUCCAUCAAUAGAGGAGUGAAUAAAGAAGAUGUGGUACAUAUAUACAGUGGAAUGUUACUCAGCCAUAAAAAGGAACAAAAUAAUGUCAUUUGCCACAACAUGAAUGGACCUGGAGAUUAUCAUGUUAAGUGAAGUUAAGUCAGACAGAGAAAGACAAAUACCAUAUGUCGCCGCUUACAUGUAGACUCUAAAAAAAGUGGUACAAAUGAACUUAUUUACAAAACAGAAAUAGAGUCACAGAUGUAGAAAACAAGUCUAUGGUUACUGGGGGGAAAAGGGGGGAGGGAUAAACUGGGAGAUUGGAAUUGACAUAUACACACUACUAUAUACAAAAUAGAUAACUAAUAAGGACCUACUGUAUGGCACAGGGAACUCUACUCAAUACUCUGUAAUGACCUAUAUGGGAAAAAAAUCUGAAAAAACAGUGGAUAUAUGUAUAACAGAUUCACUUUGCUGUACACUUGAAACUAAUACAACAUUGUAAUCAACUAUAUUCCAAUAAAAAAGGAUACUUUUAUUUAAAUUCUCUUAAAAAACAGACAUUUUAUUGACUAUGUAAUGGUUGCUUUUACCUGAAGAGAAGACAAACAUGCUCUCUCUUUUUUCUAUUUCAAAACGUGAAGCCAUCUCUUCCUGACUUGCCUCUUCUUCAUCUCGACAUUCCUGUAACUGCUUCAUCUUUUCCAUGAGGGCUUCGACCUCAAAGAAGGAAUCACUUACCUGAAAAGAAAGUGCAAUUAAGGUUACAUAUGUCAAACACGGAAUGAAACUUUUGAAUUUUAUUAAGUCUGUUUCAUAAGAAUUUGCAUCUUAAUACAAUAUAAGAAAAGAUCUUCUUAUAAUUUUAAUGCACAUGGAUGAAUCAAAAACAAUUAUUUGGGGCUUCCCUGGUGGCGCAGUGGUUGAGAAUCCGCCUGCCGAUGCAGGGCACAUGGGUUCGUGCCCCGGUCCGGGAAGAUCCCACGUACCACAGAGCGGCUGGGCCCGUGAGCCAUGGCCGCUGAGCCUGCGCGUCCGGAGCCUGUGCUCCAGAACGGGAGAGGCCACAACGGUGAGAGGCCCGCAUACCGCAAAAACAAAAAAACAACAAUUAUUUGGCCUAUUAUAUAUACAGAUAUUUAAAUUUUAAAAUAUAAGAGAAAAAUGAUUUUAAGAACACAUUCUAAUGUUUUACCUUUUAUUACUAAAAUUAGUAAUAAUAUUACUAUCAAUGCUAAAUUUUAAAAAUUUAACACUACUUGUCGAUUUAAAACAGAACUGAAUAUUUAAGAGUUAAGCUUUUACUUGCUCAAUCAGUUAAAUAAGGUACACAAAGUAUAAGUGCUUUUGCAUCAACUGUGUACACUGGGCAUGUUGUCAAUAGACAGGCAUACCUCAGGUACAUUGUGGGUUCAGUUCCACACCACUGCAACAAAGCGAGUCAUGAAUUGUUUGGUUUUCCAGUGCAUAUAAAAGUUAUGUUUAGGGACUUCCCUGGUGGCACAGUGGUUAAAAAUCUGCCUGCCAAUGCAGGGGACAUGGGUUUGAGCCCUGGUCUGGGAAGAUCCCACAUGCUGUGGAGCAACUAAGCCCGUGCGCCUCAACAACUGAGCCUCUGCUCUAGAGCCCACGAGCCACAACUGCUGAAGCCCGCGUGCCUAGAGCCUGUGUUCUGCAACAAGAGAAGCCACCUCAACGAGAAGCCCGCACACCGCAACCAAGAGUAGCCCCCGCUCGCUGCAACUAGAGAAAGCCCGCGCGCAGCAACGAAGACCCAAUGCAGCCAAAAAUACACUGUACUGUACUGUACAUUAUACUGUAUACUGUACUAUACUAUACACUAUACUGUUUAUACUGUAGGCUAUUAAGUGUGCAAUAGCAUUAUGUCUAAAAAAACAAGGUACAUACCUUAAUUUAAAAAUAUUUAUUGCUAAAAAAUGCUCAACACCUGGGAACAGGGAGCUUAUCUACUAGGGAAGUUUUUAAAAAUUCUAUUAUUUCACUAUUAUCUCAUUUAAUAAAGGGAUAACUAGGAACAGUACUUUUUCUUUAGCCUUGUACUAAAUCAAAGGUGGGGAAGGACAACAAUCCAACUCUAAGCAUCCUAGCAACUGAUGUACUCUCCCUUAGACCAUCUCAUAACCUUUAAGCUUUGAUAAAUAAUCAGUGGCCAUAUGCAGGCCUCCAACAACAAUCCAGAUAGCUCAACAGAGGGUGGAACUGAUGGUCUUGGGCGUUGCCAGCACAGCACAGUGAUCAACCAUGGGAACAUGAUUUUCCCUCCUGUGCUAAUCUCACCAUAUGUAAAUGCUACCUCUUAUUUAGUACCUGAUAAAUGCCAAGCACUGUACUAGGCCUUUUAACUUCUUUUUUUUUUUUUUUUGCCUUUUACCUCUUUAGAGACAUUUCAUUUAAACUUUACAAUAACCUUGUGUUUGACCUUCAUUUAGAAAUGAAAGAAUGGAGGCUCAGAGAGGUUAGAUAACUUGCCCACAGUCAAAUAUACAUUAACAGUCAAAUACACGUUAAAGUCAAAUAUAUAAAUUUAACCUGUCCAAAUCUGUUUAAAAUAAUACAACUGAGAAAAUCUGUGCAAAGUAUUCAGAAGACUGUAAUGUUGUUUCUCUGAUUUCAAUUUGGAAAUAUAAACCCUUUUCUCUUUCACUACAGCUAAAGAAUGCAGAGGGAAUUUUGACUCAUCAUAUAUAGAAUUCAAAUUUGCUUAUAGAAAAUUCAACUCAUUCUGAUCUGUUUCAAAGGAAUAACAUAACUGAGAAAAUAUAAAAGCCAGAGAAGAGAAGGAAUAGAGAUAAAAGCAUUUUAAUAAAUUUACAUUCACUUUUAUAUAUAUUUGUGAGAAGUUAAAACAUGAAGUAUUUUAAAAGGAGAAAUUCCAGAUCAAGGCUGAUUAAAUCUUCUAAAAAGUAAUUAAGAAGACAGCCUGUUUCUUCUGUGCAAAAGGAUGUGAUCAGCAUCAGGAAGUUUCUACCACCAAGUUCCACUGUUCUCAGUCUCCCCUCAUCUCACUCAGUAGCUGUUCAAUACCAGAUGGCUCUGAUGGGGCACAUUGCUGGUGGCUUCUGAUCCUAAAAUUAUUCAAAUGUAACCUCCUAGAGGGUCUUAUAAUUUUGUAUGUCCCUUAGCAUCAGACUAGUGCUGAGCAUUUGGAGGCAGACAAUAAAUACUUGCUGAAUGAACAGGUAUGGGGGCCUAAUAUCUUUUUGGACUUAAUAGGGUAGAUUUUCUUAAAAGCCAAAUGAAAAAAUAAUAUAACAGCAAUUACUGUGAUUACUCUUAGGAUGAUCCUAUAAUAAAUAAUAGAUACUUACCGAAACAUUUCCUGCUGAAUUGACCUGCAUCUCAUCCACACUGUGAUUGCCAUUUGUAAUGUCACAGAUGCAGUAGUUACUAACAGAAGGAGGUCUGAAUGUGUGGCCACCAUCACAAUGAAUUUCUGGACUGAUUCCACAGCCAAAUGUGAACGAGGCAAGAGAAUGAUAGUGUGUAAGUAGAACUACUGCAUGUACCAGUUCUGCAAGGGACCAGCUGUGCUCUUCAGCUUUCAAAAGUCCCUUGGGAAAAAAAACGAGAACAUUUUUAUGCUGGGGUAUGGUAUUGAUGAAAGAAUACAGUUCAUCUUGGUAUUUAACCUACUGAAAACAGGAUUAGUUACUAUAUAAAACUUAAGAUAAAAUUACAAUUUGAGGCAUGUAGAACCCAGAAUUUGCUAAUUUUUAUGAAUAUGUAUUCACAAAUAGAGCUUAAGAUAAACUGAUAACGACACAUUCGUUAUUAUUUUGACUUUCUGAAAUCCUGAUUUAAAAAUGUAGAAUACAUUUUGUUUAAAAGCAGUUGCCAUAUCUCAGAUGAUGGAUUAUGAAUGCAUUAACUAUGUUGUUAGUGCAGUCUCAAACCAAAUGUAAUGAAUUUGUGUUUAAAGUAGAAGCUACUGUGUAAAAUACGCCUGUUUUUCUUUAUUAUCAGGCCUCCUCAAGGAAUUUUUAAAAAGUGGUUUGAACAGCUUGACUCUGAAUAUUCUUAAAUCAUCAAAUUAUAUUUAUUUUAAAAAUUAUGCUCAAGGUAAAGUCUACAGUUCUUCAAAGUCUUACAAAUCUGUGUCCAUUCUGCUUCAUUAUCUAUUUUAUAAUAUGUAAUUUUAUAUUACUAGACAAUGUAACAGACAUUGCAUUAAUCAUAUUCAAAUCUUGUAUCUCCUUGAUAAAAAGAUGCUUCAAUUACAUAAAAGAAUCUAAAAUAUUCUAGGGAAUUCCCUGGAGGUUCAGUGGUUAGGUCUCUGCACUUCCACUGCAGGGGGCAUGGGUUCCAUCCCUGGUCAGGAAACUAAGAUCCCACAAGCCUUGAGGCAUGGCCAAUAAAUAAAUAUUCUAAAAAAAGAGAAAGACAACACCAAAAAUAUAUUGUAUUUUUAAGAAUUUCUACUGCAUGGUAGAUUCUUUUAGAGAAUGUCCAUCUACUUUUAUUCUAUUAUCUUUAUUAAUAAAUAGAACCAGACAAAACUAGUUUAAAAUGGUAUUUUAAAAAGAUAACACAACAAGAUGCCACUUUACAUCUAUCAGAAUGGCUAAAAUCCAGAACACUGAUAACAACAAAUACUGACAAGGAUGUGGAGCAACAGGAAUGCUCAUCCAUUGCUCAUGGGAACACAAACUGGUAUAGCCACUUUGGAUGACAGUUUCUUACAAAGCUAAUAAACACAAGCUUAUCAUACGAUCCAGCAAUCACACUCCUAGUUAUUUACCCAACUGAGUUGAACACUUAUGUCCACCAAAAAGCCUAUAUGUGAAUGUUUGUAGAAGCUUUAUUCAUAAUUGCCAAAAACUGGAAGUAACCAAGAUGUCCUUCAAUAGAUGAAUGGAUAAACUGAGGUACAUCCAUACAUGUAUUUUUCAGCAAUAAAAAAUGAGCUACCAAGCCAUGAAAAACCAUGGAGAAACCUUAAAUGCAUACUGACAAGCUAGUCUGAAAGGGCUAUAUACUGUGUGAUGCCAACUAUAUGACAGUCUGGAAAAGGUAAAACCAUAAAGACUGUAAAAAAGAGCAGUAGUUUCGGGGGAAGGGGAGAGAGAUGAAUAGAGGGAGCAUAGGAGAUUUUGAGAGAAGUGAAACUAUUCUUUAUGAUACCAUAAUGGUGGAUAACACGACAUUAUGCAGUUGUCAAAACCCAUAGAACUGUACAACACAAAGAGUGAACCCCAAUGUAAAUUAGACAUUAUUAAUUCAUCAG